AUGGGGAGUCUCGAACGUUUAAACGACCCGGCAAAGGUGGAAUACACACCGGAUCGCUACAAAUCGUUCCUCCUCUGUGCACGACAACACGCAUACCUGAUGCAAGCCAAACGCGCUGGUCGGGGCCAUCAGAAUGAUGGUUUGACUCUUACUCGGAGGGGAGGAUUGUGUGUAGAGUGUUGGGCUUGUCCUCGUGAUGGUCGCAAUGUGCCUGUUGGCUGGCAAAACGUGAGCGGCAAGAAGAGCUUCCUCUACAAGCUCAUGUUGUCCGUGGACGCCAACUUCCGCCUCAAAAAUCGCUUGCGAGCGAAUCAACGAAACGACCCCCCCCUUGGAGGGGGUCAAAGUUACUUUGUCGAGAACGAGCCCUACCAGCGGCAUUUGAAGGAAUACGUGGCCGAGAAAGACGUGACUACAUGUGCUGCCUUUGCGGCACUUAUGCAGAAGGAUACUAAACUCACAACGGGGCUCCGAGUUUCUGGAGUGGGCGGGGUGGUCUGCGCUCGUCAUGGUCUUGUCCGACGCCAAGGAAUGGGAGACUUACAAAAAGGCGAACGCUACGCGAACAUGGACUUCAUUGUCCUGGCUACCUUGGAAGGAGAAACCAUCACCAAUGUCGUCAUCUCUUACGACGUUGUAUGCCAAUGGCAAGUCCUCUGGCCAACACGGGCAAAGCGCAUUAUUCAACGUGGGGACUUGGAAGUCGACUUGUCAAGCUUCACGAUACAAUACGCCCUACCGGUUUGGCACGCGGCGGCACAUGAAACAUCUUGUCGUUCGAGCAAUACCCUUAAGUAUGCGUUGGGCGUUGGAAAGACGGAUGGAGAAGGAAUCGAGAGAACAUGGUCACUUCUCAAUCCCAUCAGUUGGUCGACGAAGGAAAUGGGAGCAGGUGGCCGUCAGGAUGCAAUCGAAGACAAAAUUGACCAUCUAAAUUUCGAGAAGAACAUCGGUCUGGGGAAUACACUUUUGCGAAAGCUCAUCGUUGCCCUGGCGGAGUCCGCCACGCAAGAUGGGGAAUUCGCCGAAAUGUCCAAGAAUGUUGCCAAGGAGACUCUGAAGGAAUGGGAAGCGACUGUGCACGACUGGGAAAUGGACCAUUCCAAGCCCAACCCUUACCUCGUCAUCGGAGGGAAAGAAGCUGGUCCUUCGGAGCGCGAAAUACUGGCAGAUUUGAAAGCGGCCGAGCUGGAAGAUGCGAGAGCUGGUUUGGUUCCUAUCAUCGAAGGAGGGAAAAUGACGGCGGCUGCGUUUAUUAAGAGUGGGCUUGUUAUCGAGGAGUCUCAACGUCGGAUUCUGGCUGAGUUGGAAUCAAAAUCUUUGCUGUCGGCAGACCGUUCUAGCGCCAUUCAAGAACAGCGAUAUUCAAUCCUUAAAAAGCUGAAAUCGUGGGAGCAGCUGCAGCUGAGCUACAUGGCGGGAGCGCAUGAGUUGCGAUUGGCUGACAACGACCAUCGACCCGCUGAAGUCCCUCCUCCAAAGAUGGAACUAACCAAACUGUACUUCCCCUCCGACAUUCCUGCGGCACAGCGAAACGUAAUUUGCGCACGAGGCGUUAUCGACGCUGAAGUAAAGCUUCGGAUGGGACAAUGUUCAGAUGCAUUGACUAGCUUGCGUGGCUAUCUCUACACGCAAGCGCAUCUAAUCUAUUGGCGAAACGCAAAUUCUGUGGGGCAGCGACAGUCGACGCGAUCGGCAACCCUGCUGGCAAGGGUGGGGGAGCGUAUAAGGAGGGGUUCAGCCAAGUACAGAAGGGCUUACGAGGCUCUGGUUGCGCUGAAAGGAGUAAAUUUCGCCCCCCAUUUCCGAAAACUGGAGGCAGGAGACAUCAGCAAGCGACCUGAGGUCGAAAACGACAUUCGGGCAAUGAAAAAAUUACGGGCAGCAGAAGCGGGGCGUGCUUCUCGCAAUGAGCCCACGCAGGGUACUCUGACUUCAGCAGUCUCGUGGAUUUGGACGGUGAAGGGGGGCGAUGACCAGCAGUUGCAUGAUUCAGUACGUGUUGAUUGGAGCAAGGCGAAAGCUCGUCGAGACCGUUGGCAGGAAGAAGUCGCAUUAUUGCGUGAAGAAAUGAAACACGUUCUACGCAGCCUAGCAGCGAUACAAUCGGAUUGGCGCGAGCGGGCAGGGAGGAAGAACAGGGCUGUCCACAAAGCUAUUGGGGAGUCGUUUUUCGCGAGCUGGAGCCAAUCAGUGUUGGGUGCAAUCGAGAUGAUACAGAAUGGAGAGGUCCUGAAGGGGCUACUUGACGGGACGGCGGAGGAAACCUUGGAGCUGGAUAUACAGGUACAGGAGGAUGCGGGGACGGAGCGCGCGGGCGGGGAACGUAUAGCGCCACCAGAAGAAGACAUCGCGCCAGCACGGAGAUACGCAACGCGGUUGCAGACGCGGGUCACGACGAUGGAAAGAUUUGUUCCCGCGAGGAUGCCGUGGGUUCCGCAGGACCCAGUGAUAGAUGGCCCUGAUGAGUUCUGA